AUGUACAGGAACAAAAUAAUGAAGCAGUUCUUUUCUUUGUUUUUAGGGUCCAGAAAGGAAAUUGACGGAUUAAAGAAAGAGAAUAAACCAAAAAAGAGACUCUUUGAAAGGUCCGUCAACCAGAACCCUCAGCGGCAAAACGCCGUGCUGCUAUUAAAGUAUUCGACUGCCUUUCCCUUUAAAACGCGCUUUAACAGAAUUAUUUGCUCAUACUGUCAUGAUGAGUUCGAACCUAUGGCAGCUCUACGAGAGCACAUUAAGGCAGAGCACUCAAAUGCCGAUUUCAAUAGCGCAUUCUAUAAAGUCGUAGACGACUUAAAAAUAGACAUAUCUCAAUUUAAAUGUAAUCUUUGCUCACAGGAUAUGCUAAAUGUAGAAACAUUUAUGAUGCAUAUCUCUCGCGAUCACAGCGUAUCUGUCAAUUUUGACGUACCGUUUGGGGUGUUGCCAUACCGACAGGGUCCCACCGGGCUUUGGAUGUGCCUGGACUGUGAUAAAACUUUUACCGAGUUCUCACAAAUCAACGGUCAUUUGCGUAGUCAUGUUAAAAUAUUCACAUGCGACAAAUGUGGGGCUACUUUCUUAUCUGAACAUGGGCUGCGGCAACACGAGCGCCGCUUCAAAUGCUACAAAUCAACGUAUAAACCUCGAUUCGGUAAAACCCUUAAGCAUCGUAGCAAUACGGAGAUAAUCCUGCAGUGUUCGACGGCUUGCCCUUUUCGGACUUGGGGACUAAAUUUCAACUGUGUGCUCUGCCGCGUUCAGUCAAAUGACCCGAACGGUUUAAGGACGCACAUGGCGACCCGUCACGCAAAUUUUGAUAUUCAACUUGUCUUCAGUCGGAAACUGCGUAAAGAGUUCCUCAAAGUGGAUAUCAGCGAUCUCCAGUGCAAGUUGUGUUUUAUACGUAUCGAUACUCUGGACGAUUUGAUGACGCACCUCAAGAACGAUCACAAGCAACCUAUCAACUUCGACGUACAGCCCGGCGUGUUACCGUUUAAACUAAACGACGGCUCCAGUUGGAAAUGUGCUAUAUGCAAGAUGCAGUUUCCAGAUUUUAUCUCCUUGAAGAAGCACACCGCGGAGCAUUACCAAAACUUCGUCUGCGAUACCUGCGGCGAAGGGUUUAUCACGGAGUCCGCUCUGAUCGCGCAUACUCGGAUUCCACACGGCAAUAAGUACAGUUGUAGUCGGUGUGUAGCGACCUUCUCCACCCUUGAAGAGCGAAACGUACAUAUCAAAACACAGCACACAACAUUGCCGUACAUGUGUAUGCAUUGCAAGGAUAAGCCCCGUUUCGGAGACCAGGGACAAAUGGAAGAUGAGAGUAUUGUUAAGGUAGAAACCAAUGAUAAUAUACCAUUAGGGGAGUCUAUUAACCUUAAGGAAAAACGACGCUAUAUCAGGAGCGCACGAGCCGAAGCGAGAAUUGUAACAAAGAGAAACGCCAAAUCUCUGUUGGAAUGUUGGUCCUUGUGCCCGUUUAGAUGGCAACGGAACCGGUUUAAAUGCGCAUUCUGCGAGGAGAGCUUUAUACAGUGCAAUGAUCUGAGGGAACAUGUUAACGAGUGCUCAUCUAAGCAUAACGUCAAGGAUAUUUACAGCAAAUUCAAAGAAAUGUCCCUCAUCAACGUAGACAUCACAGGUGCUUCGUGCCGUCUCUGUAGGUGUCCUUACUCCGGGAUUAACCAAAUGCGACAGCACGCCGUCCAGCACGGAUAUGAGUUCAACACGUCUCAGCCGGACGGUGUCCUGCCUUUCAGUCUCGACAAGGAGUGCUGGCGUUGUGUUAUAUGCCACGAAGAUUUCAACAAUUUUCUCAAGCUCUACGAGCACAUGAAUGUUCACUACCAACAUUAUAUCUGCUCCACUUGUGGGAAAGGUUACAUGACCGCGCCACGUCUGAGGAAACAUUCCGAGGUCCACAUAACAGGGUCGUUCCCAUGCGAUAAAUGCGAUAGGGCGUUCACGAUGCGUGCAGCUAGGGACCAUCAUAAGGCUCACGCCCACGCGAAAGGUCCUCGAUACGAAUGCCCACAUUGCAACAUGCGUUUCAACGGGUACUAUGACAGAAUGAAUCAUUUGAACGAAACGCACAGAGAGAAGGAGGUAUCUUACCGUUGUAACGUCUGUGAACUGACGUUCAAAACGAGCGGUAGACGCGCAAUGCACAUAAGAACUGUACAUUUGCCGCAGCCUCGUAACUUCGCUUGUCCGUAUUGCGAAUGGUUUUUCAAAACGCGCUACGAGCUGAAGAGGCACAUGGUGAAGCACACGGGCGAAAGGAAUUAUUCUUGCACGAUCUGCGGCAAGGCGUACCCGAGGAACCGGGCUCUGAGGACGCAUUUGAAGACCCACGAGGACCUCACGUGCAAGUGGUGUGGAGCCUUCUUCAAACAGCGCGCUCAAUUACUGACGCACACGCGAAUCAAUCAUCCGGAUUUGAGCGAUUUGAUAGCGGUCGGCUCGGAUAAAAUAGCUUGUUCCGCAAAUGCGGAAGCGGUGGCAAACGUAGUUAAACGAGUUAGGAAGUUGAAAGAGAACGUAAGUGCGCGCCAAAUGCGAAGACGGCGACGUGCCAACAACCAGCUACCGGAAGAGUCGGAGAGGCGAAUCUCGAAAACAAUGAUGAGAAGGAACACCAUGGCCAUCUUAGAAUGUUCCACUGCUUGGGCCUUUCGAUGGUUUCGCAAUGCCUUUUUCUGCUCCUAUUGCGAUGAAAAAUUUGUCGAUCCGCAGCCAUUGCGUGAACACGUACUCUCAUCCCACAUCAGCUGUUCCCCCACCGUGCGUAUAUUCUCGAAACUGACAGAGAACAACAUGGUGAAAAUUGACAUCACCAAUCUAAGGUGUAGGUUGUGUAACUAUGGAUGCAACAACAUAGACGCACUUAAAAAUCAUUUAAAAACUGCUCAUAGAAAAACACUUAAUAGUGAAUACAGCGAUGGAGUUCUGCCAUUCAAAUUAGAUGAGAUCGGAUUCUAUUGUCAGGCGUGUUUUGAGUAUUUCACUAGUUUCGCGAAGUUGAACGAACAUAUGAAUUCUCACUAUCAGAAUUACAUUUGUGACGCCUGCGGGAAGGCUUUCAUUUCGAAGUCUAGGUUCAGGACUCACGUGGAGUCACACGAGAUCGGGAGUUUCCCUUGCGGUGAAUGCGACGAAGUAUUACAGACACGGGCGGCCCGUACGUGUCAUAGAAUGAAGGUACACCGAAAAGGUAUUCGGUACACGUGCCCUCGAUGUCCUGCAGUGUUCACCGCGUAUUACGCGAGAGCGAGGCACUUAGUAGACGGGCACGCGCAACAGAGGAUGGAUUAUGAUUGUACCACGUGCGGUAAAACUUUCGAGACGAGUUGCAAACGGGCGGCGCACAUCCGCGUAGCCCAUAUGCCUGUCGAGAAACGAUACGAGUGCCUUUAUUGUCCGUCGUACUUCGUCAGCAAAUCGAAACUGCGACGACAAGAAGAAAUCACUCCGGAUACAUCAGUAAAAGAAAAGUUAAAUAUAAAAUGGAAAAAGAUACGCAGGGUUGCGGAAGACAAGGCUAACGCAGCUAUUAUCUUGCAGAAUUCCAACGCUGUUGCUUUCAGAUGGCAUCGUGGAAGAUUCAUGUGUGCUUACUGCCCGCUCAUUUGCACAAGUGUCACAGAGAUACGUCUGCAUUCCAAUGAACACGCUAACAAGCAAGACAUCUUUCUGAAUAGUGGAGUCCGCAAUUCUUUCCCAUUAAGAGUUGAUGUCACGGAUUUAACUUGUAUGCUAUGCUUUGACAGAAUCGAAAAUUUGGAAAAUUUUAAGGUUCAUCUGUCAAAUAACCAUGAUAAAUUCCUCAAUCCCGACUAUAGUGACGGCUUAGUGCCAUUCGUGUUGACGGGUAAAGACUAUAAAUGCGUUAAUUGUGGCACAUUGUUCGAGAACUUCAUGAGCCUAUAUAUUCACAUGAAUGAACAUUACCAGACCUACGUAUGCUAUACGUGUGGUAAAGGGCCCAAGGAAAGCAAUGUUAAAUGGAAACCAAGACGGAAGUUUAACGAUCACAGAGAUAACGCUGCUAUUAUUCUCGAAUGUUCCAACGCGUGCCCAUUUAGAUGGAAAAGCGGUGCGUUCGUCUGCGCAUUCUGUCCGAACUCGUUCGGGGACUUUACGGGAGUCAGGGAACACACUUCAGAACACCCGAACAGGGUUGAAGCAGUACGCUUAGCGCGUCCCUUCGACACAAUAAAAGCCGACAUAACAAAUCUCAGAUGCGAUCUAUGUUUACAAAUCGUAAAGGACUUAGAUGAGCUCGCUGAUCACUUAAUCAAUGGACACGAGAAACCUAUUGUCAAAGACCGCGGUGUCGGCAUCACUCCUUUUUAUUUGAAAGGCAAAGAAUUUAUCUGUUCGCACUGCAGUGAACACUUCGAUUUGUUCACUAAUCUGAACACUCACAUGAAUCAACAUUAUAAAAAUAAUAUAUGCUAUAAGUGCGGUAAAGCGUUCUCAGCCUCUCACAGACUGCAUGCACACAUGGUCACCCACGAACUGGAAGACGAUGGGUUCAAAUGCACUAAAUGCGAUGAUAUAUUCGCCACUCGCAAACUCAGGAGUAGUCACAUGUCCUAUAUGCACGGACCAAAGCUGAGAUAUAGGUGCCCGUAUUGUAAAGAUAAGUUUAAGGCGUACGGCGACAGAGCAAAACAUUUAAAGGAAGUCCACGACAGGAAAGUUGAGUAUCCUUGCCACUUAUGUCCGGCUGUUUUUGCCCUUUGUAAUCAGAGAACGAAACAUAUCCAGCAAGUUCAUAUAAAACACAAACCGUUUCAAUGCGAGUACUGUGUGUUUAAGUCCUCGACGGCGGCCCGGUUGAGGAGUCACUUGGUCAAACAUAUAGGCAUCAGGAAGUAUCAAUGUGACAUUUGUAAAAAAGCCUAUUGCAGGAUCAAAACUCUGAGAGAGCACAUGCGGAUCCAUAAUAACGACAAGCGGUUCGUCUGCGAGUAUUGCAACGCCGCGUUUGUGCAGAAAUGCAGCUUACAGAGAAGAAAAUGUGAAGACAUACAGAUUAAGCAGGAAGUGGAAUCCGACUCUGAGAAUAUCAAAGCUGCCGUUAUUGUGCCAGCUAGGGACGCGGGCAACGAGAGGCGCGCCGCGUUCCGGAAUAAUAUUAAAAUUAUAUUAGAAUCGUGCACGGCAUGUCCUUUCAAGUAUAGGAAGGGGACGUACUUAUGCUUUUUCUGUAAAACUUCGUUCCUUGAACCGGAACGCUUACGCGAGCACACCCAGCAGCUACACUCUGACGUUAAGCAACUGUUGAAGCCACGCAAGUACGAACCGCUGAAGAUGGACUUCGCUGUGACGACCUGCAAAAUGUGUGGCACUGCUAUACCCGACUAUGAGAUGCUUAAAUCGCAUCUGCGCGAUCACGGUAAAGUGCUCGACUGCACGCAUGGCGACAGCGUGCUGCCUUACAGCCUAUCUAAAGAUGAUCAUCGUUGUCAGAUAUGCGGCAAGCGUUACGAGAUGUUCCUUAGUCUCCACAAGCACAUGAACGAUCAUUAUGAACACUUUAUUUGCGAAACCUGCGGCAAACGUUUCGCGACAUCACAGCGUAUGGUCAAUCACGCCAGGACGCACGAGCGCGGCGAAUUUCCGUGCAAACGGUGUCAAGAUUCGUUCCCUUCAUACGCCUCUCUGUACGCCCACAUAGCCAAGGUUCACCGAUCGAAUAAACGGUACAAGUGUCCAAUAUGUGACGAAAAAUUCGCCUCGUAUAAACACAGGCUAAAACAUUUGAACACGGUGCAUGGAGAGAAGACAGCUAUAUUUCCUUGUCCGUCCUGUCCGCGUGUCUUCGACCUGUGCAGUCGGCGCACAGCCCACAUUCGCUUCCAGCACUUGCAGGAACGGAACCACUCAUGCUCGUUGUGUUUCAUGAAAUUUUUCACUAAAUACGAGCUCCAAGAGCAUUCGAUAAAGCAUGGCGGCGAGAGGAUUUAUCAGUGUGACGUGUGCAAGAAGUCCUACGCCCGGUUGAAAACCUUACGAGAGCACAUGCGGAUACACAAUAAUGAUAGACGAUUUGUAUGCCCCGUAUGCGGGCAGGCGUUCAUACAAAAUUGCAGUCUGAAGCAGCAUGUAAGGGUUCACCAUCCGAGUCACACGAAAACAGACGUAUUUUAG